GAGCACUGCAGCCGGAAGUUCGAAUUGCUUUGUUCCGGUCGGGUUCACACACUGCAGCCACAGGUCUUUGAUAUUUGUUGACAGUAGCAUAGCUAGCCAGUCUGAACGACUAUGUCAAUAUUUUUGACUUAGCCAGCUGAAGCAUUGCUGUGAAAAUGAGUUCUCCAGGGAAUCGACACGGGACAAAAAGACCUGGCUCUCCAAGUGAUGAUGGAUCUACACCAUGGGAAGCUGCAGAUCUGGGGGACAAUGAGAGAAAGCAGAAGUUUUUGCGGUUGAUGGGUGCAGGGAAGAAAGAGCACACUGGACGCCUAGUCAUUGGAGAUCACAAGGCAACAUCCCAUGUCCGCAGUGGGGCUGAGGACAGGAGGAUGAACUCUGAGCUGGAGCUGCAGUACCAGCAGGGGCUGGACGGGAAGCUGUCGGGCAGAAACAGGAGACACGUCGGCCUGGGCUUCAGUGAGCCUGACCCAGCCCCACCUUCCCCACCUGCAGAGAGCCAAAGCAAAGCAGAGCAACCAGUCAGUCCCAAAGCCCCAGACAGCCCUUCGGAAAACCAGGAGUUACCGGAGAAAUCCCCCUCACAGAGCCCAAACGGCAGGAGGGCAGAGCCCAGCGUAGAAGACAAACACAAAAUGGCCUUUGUGAAGUCAUCCUAAGAAUGGGCGAAAAACAAAAUCACUUUUUCUUAUGUCGAACCACAGAUUUGUAAAUGCGUUCUUUUGUCUCUGAAGUACUAGAUACUUGGUAACUUCGUGGUUUAAGAAUGUUUUUUUAUUUUUUUAUGUUUCAACGCUGAGUCACAGGUGACUUAAUUGUCGAUUGAGACAGAUUCUUCCCAUUGUUUUUUUAGGAAUUCCUAACCGGAAGAGGGACUGGUCUGACGUGCUUAAUGGAUUUGAGAUGAAGCAAAAGCUUUAAUUAAGUUGUAUUGAAUGAAACGGGGUUGAACCUAUUGGCUCGAUAGCUCUUUUACAGUCCUGUUCAAUGUCUCACCAUCAGUAAUAAAAGGUACUUAAUGACAAA